AUGUUUCCCGUAAUCUCUUCCGGGAUGCUCGUUCGGCUCGUUCGAACCUACGGGGCGUUAGAAGCAUCCGCCCAUACCGGUCUUCCCGGUGAGCUCGCGACUGACUUAAAAGAGCUGCUCGAUGACACAGUCGGCAUACCGACGACCAUCCAAAUUCGAAUGGCUUCAGUGUUCACCUGCAUUCUACUCUCUGUUCUUACCGUAUCCCAAGCUCAAGUGGCAGUGAAUGGACCGUUCUUCGGCCGAUACUACGCAGCUGCGAAGCCAAUGCUCACUCCCGGAUUCGCUCAAGUUGGAGUCCCCAUGGUAGCCGCAGCUCCUGCUCCCGUCUUCUCCGCUCCGGUUCCAGCUCCUGCCCCAGUGCUUGCUGCUCCAGUCGCUGCACCAGUUUACAGCGCUCCCGUUAUGGCUGCACCAGUUCGACCCGUCUUUGCCGCUCCAGCUGUUGCUCCAGUAGCUAUGGCUGCACCAGUAGCUCGACCAUUUGUUGCUGCUGCGCCCCCGGCCAUAAUGGCAUCACCAGCUCUUGCUCCUGUUCCUUCCGUUGCUGUUCCACCUCCGGCACCAGUUAUGGCUGCUCCGGCUUACGCUCCGGCACCAGUCAUGGCUGCUCCAGCCUACGCUCCAGCUCCAGUCAUGGCUGCUCCAGCUUACGCUCCAGCUCCAGUUGUAGCAGCAGCACCGUUUGCAGCUCCUGUCAUUCCUGCUUAUGCACCUUUCAUUCGCACUCCUUACUUCAUUGGAAGUAAUAAGUCUAAGAAUUAA